GCUUAUUACUCUUGUUGUGCGUCGGUAGUGCUGCGCAAGUGCCUCCACUCGUGUGUGAAAAAUCUAUCGAGAGAAUCAGCCUUGCCGAGUUAUUCAUCAGCCAGCUGCCAAAUAACUCCACCAAAUUCAAUUCACACAUAUUUAUCCCCUAAAUUGAUGAAGUGAAUAAAGUGAAAAUGGCGGAUAACGAGCAGAAAGCGGUGCAGUUGAUGGCCGAAGCUGAGAAGAAACUCGGCUCGUCCAAAGGUUUCUUCAGUUCCUUGUUCGGAAGCUCAUCAAAGGUAGAAGAAGCAGUAGAAUGCUAUCAACGUGCAGCAAAUCUUUUCAAGAUGGCGAAAAAGUGGGGAAGUGCUGGAAACGCCUUCUGCGAAGCUGCAUCACUUCACUCGAAGGCUGGUAGCAAGCACGAUGCUGCUACCAAUUUUGUUGACGCUGCCAAUUGUUAUAAGAAGACUGAUGCAAAUGAAGCGGCCAAUUGUCUUCAGAAGGCGAUUGAGAUCUACACGGAUAUGGGAAGAUUCACGAUGGCAGCUAAGCAUCAUCAGAGUAUAGCGGAGAUGUACGAGAGUGAAGCUGUGGAUCUUGAACGCGCUGUUCAUCAUUAUGAGCAAGCUGCUGAUUACUUUCGGGGCGAGGAGAGUAUCUCGUCAGCUAAUAAAUGUCUCCUAAAAGUCGCCCAGUAUGCGGCACAACUCGAAAACUAUGAGAAAGCCAUUCAGAUUUAUGAACAAGUUGCAGGAGCAUCGCUGGACAGUCCUCUGCUCAAAUACAGUGCUAAGGAAUACUUUUUCAGAGCGGCCCUGUGCAAUUUAUGUGUAGAUGCACUGAACGCACAACACGCUAUCGAGCGUUACGAGGAGCAGUAUCCAGCUUUUCAAGAUUCUAGAGAGUGCAAACUUAUCAAGAGUCUCAUCGAUCAUCUGGAGGAGCAGAAUGUCGAGGGUUUCACAGACACUGUCAAAGAGUACGACUCCAUAUCCCGACUCGACCAGUGGUACACAAUGAUACUCCUUCGCAUAAAGAAGCAAAUCAAUGACAACCCAGAUCUCCGCUGAUCGUUCCACACUUCAAUUAUUCCUAAGCUGUUCUUAUCAUCGGCAUUCUCCCCCUAUGAUUCACCUCUUGACCUUCACCCUGCAAUGAUAAUUUACAAUUCAUUGAUUAAAUGAUUAAUUCAAUUAGUUCAGACUCAUUAUUUUGGAAUUUAUCAGUUAAGAAAUCCGUUUUUGGAAUUAUUACCUCUUUCUCAUCUUCCAGGCGUCACAUACUCAGUGAUGACAAAUGCUAUUAGCCCCUUGCCUAUUAUCAGGGCGAACUCUGGGGAAAGAGAGAAAGGGAUGGUUGUCGACAUUGGUAAUAAUGAAUUCUAUUAUGAAGUGGUAAAAAAAAGACAAAUUGGCUUCUCCAAACUUGGCUUCUGAUUGAUUUUUCUAUCUUAAAAAUUACUGGAAAGGGAAUUUUCGUGGUAACUCCUUUUGUAGGGAAAAUAAAUUCUGCAAAAAGGGCCUCAUGGAAAUUCUUUCAUUGCCUCUAAGUUUUGAGAUAUUUAUCAAAAACUAAGUCUAGAGAUGAGUUACUUAGAUUUACCAGUUCCCUAUGAAAAUUUGAUUAUUGUUAAUUUAUUAUAUAACAUUUCUGUAAUUAUGACUUGUUGUGGUAUUCAUUAGCGUUGAGUAUCUGUUAAAUUGAGUGGAGCUACUACUAAGUAUUUUAUUGCUAAUCAUAUGUGAGAACACGUUCGUUGUGAAGUGGUGAAACGUAAUGGCAUGAUUUCUUCAAUUACAUUGUCAAACUUUUCUUGUGAAGGGUUUAAUUUAAGGAAAAAAAAUAUUAUUGUAAAAUUAUCUAGUUCACUUGUGAUUUUAGGGGAAAUGGCGGAAAGAUUUUUCGGAGAAAAUCAAUUGGCUCCGAGGAAAAAUCCCCAUUUUUCUGUGUAAUCAAUAAUUAUCAAAGAAUUCUUACCACUGUUUAUAUUUUAUUUUGUCAUUAUGUUGUUCAUGAGUAGAAAAUGUUUUUGCAGAUUGUGUUUGCGGCAAAUGAAUUUGAUUGGAUGUAUUUAUUAGAACAAUUAAUUCAAAUUUUUAUACAGGAGUAUUAUUUUUUGAAAUGAGAAAAUUCGCUACUUCAGUGAUAUUUAGUUUUUUUCUUCACAAUGGCUGAUAAUUAUUGAAACAAUUAUUCCUCCCUUUCACUAAGCACUGAAGAAUCCCGUCAUGAACCAUUUAUCAAGUGUUAUAAUGCCAUUGCAUACAUUAUAAAAAAAAUUAGGCGAGUGUUAUUUCAAUUAAAGAUCAUUAAUUUGGGUAGUGGCCACGUAGAAGGCGUAUAAAUAUUGCAAAUGAUACAUGAGGCGUCACUAAUCACGCUAAUAAUUGUAUUAAGUUUAUCCAAUGGGGUAACGACAUGAUAAAUACGAAUAAGAAUUAAAACGCAAUUUUUAUUAUUAGACAAAUAAUUAACUGGCUAUAAUCCAAUGAUUUGCGGAAUUUAUUUAAUUCAUUCAGCCCUUGGAUUUGAUAUCCAUGGGUUUAUUAAUAUUCAUUUUUAAAAUAUAUUAUGUACUUUACUCGUACACAGAACAAAUUUACACGUAUGCUAUUGUAUACGGGUGUAAAAAAUAAACAUAAAUUACCAUUCAGAAAAA